UACUGGCAGGUAGGCUGCGUUUCACGGCCCGUGUGACCAGUGUGGCAGGACCAGAACGGUGCGUGAGGAAGAGAGGACCGAGGGACCCUGCUAGCGGCGGUCCCGAGGGGCUCCCUGUGUCUCCACACGCAAGCAAUCCUAGGGGCCAUGGUGCUGCGGUGAGCCAGGUCAUGACAUCACUGCUGGGCUUGGCUGUGUGGUUGGUACCGCUCCUCCAGCCCGUGCUGGCGGACCGGGACUUCCAAAAUAGGAAGAACUGCCACAAUGGCAACUACCAGAUCAGCGUCCUGAUGAUGGACAACGCAGCCUUCGAAGAACCCUUUGAAAACCUGGAGGACGCUGUGAACGAAGGCCUGGACAUUGUGAGGACGCGCCUGACCAAGGCCGGCCUAAAUGUGACUGUGAAUGCAACGUUCAUCUACUCCGAUGGUCUGUUUCAUAACUCAGGUGACUGCCGGAGCAGCACCUGUGAAGGCCUUGACCUCCUCAGGGAAAUUAUAAGAGAUGAAAAGAUGGGCUGUGCCCUCAUGGGGCCCUCCUGCACAUAUGCCACCUUCCAGAUGUACCUUGACACAAAAUUGAGCUAUCCCAUGAUUUCAGCAGGAAGUUUUGGAUUGUCCUGUGACUAUAAGGAAACCCUAAGCAGGGUGAUGGUUCCAGCCAGGAAGCUGAUGUACUUCUUGGUUGAUUUCUGGAGAGUCAACGAUGCACCAUUCAAAACAUUUUCCUGGAACUCUUCAUAUGUUUACAAGAACGGUUCGGAGCCUGAUGAUUGUUUCUGGUACCUCAACGCUCUGGAGGCCAGCGUGUCCUAUUUUUCUGAGGUGCUCAGCUUCAAGGAUGUAUUGAGGCGCAGCGAACAGUUCCAGCAAAUCUUAGUCAGCCAAAACAGGAAGAGCAAUGUGAUUGUAAUGUGUGGCACGCCGAAAAUCUACCAUGAUGUCAAAGCUGACCUCAAAGUGGCUGAGAACACUGUUGUUAUCCUGAUAGAUCUGUUCAGUAACCAUUACUUUGAGGAUGAUACUGAAGCUCCUGAAUAUAUGAACAACGUCCUCGUUCUGACACUGCCUCGGAAAAAUUCCACCUCAAACACCUCUUUUUCCGGGAGAUUUUCAUCGGGAAGAACAGACUUUUCUCUCGCUUACUUGGAGGGAACCUUGCUGUUUGGGCACGUGCUGCAGACAUUUCUUUUAAAUGGAGAGAAUGCCACCACUACCAAGUUUGCCCGAGCAUUCAGGAAUCUCACUUUCCAAGGCAUCGAGGGCCCCGUGACUCUGGAUGACAGUGGGGACAUUGACAACAUUAUGUGUCUUCUGUAUGUGAGUAUGGACACCAGGAAGUAUGAGAUUCUCAUGGCAUAUGACACCCAUAAAAACAAAACGAUCCCAGUGGCUACGAACCCCAACUUCGUCUGGAAGAACCACAAGCUGCCUAAUGAUGUCCCCGGACUGGGCCCUCAAAUCCUGAUGAUUGCAGUCUUCACGCUCACAGGAAUUGUGGUCCUUCUGCUGCUCAUCGCCCUCCUGGUGCUGAGAAAAUACAAAAGAGAUAAUGAACUUCGACAGAAGAAAUGGUCCCACAUUCCUCCUGAAAACAUCUUUCCUCUGGAGACUAAUGAGACCAACCAAAUCAGCCUGAAGAUUGACGAUGACAGGAGACGAGAUACAAUCCAGAGACUGCGGCAGUGCAAAUAUGACAAGAAGAAAGUGAUUCUGAAAGACCUCAAGCACAGUGAUGGGAACUUCACGGAGAAGCAGAAGAUAGAGCUGAACAAGUUGCUGCAGUCUGACUACUACAACCUGACCAAGUUCUACGGCACGGUGAAGCUGGACACCAGGAUCUUUGGCGUGGUAGAAUACUGUGAACGGGGUUCUCUCCGGGAAGUGUUAAAUGACACGAUUUCCUACCCCGAUGGUACAUUCAUGGACUGGGAAUUUAAGAUCUCUGUCUUAUAUGAUAUUGCUAAGGGGAUGUCCUAUCUGCACUCCAGUAAAAUUGAAGUCCACGGGCGCCUGAAAUCCACCAACUGUGUGGUGGACAAUCGCAUGGUGGUGAAGAUCACGGAUUUCGGGUGCAAUUCCAUCCUGCCUCCCAGAAAAGACCUGUGGACUGCUCCCGAGCACCUGCGCCAAGCCAGCAUCUCUCAGAAGGGAGAUGUGUACAGCUUUGGGAUCGUGGCCCAAGAGAUCAUCCUUCGCAAGGAAACUUUCUACACGCUGAGCUGCCGGGACCAGCAGGAGAAGAUUUUCAGAGUGGAAAAUUCCGAUGGGAUGAAACCUUUCCGCCCGGAUCUGUUCCUGGAAACUGCAGAUGAAAAGGAACUGGAGGUCUAUCUUCUUGUCAAAAGCUGUUGGGAAGAGGAUCCAGAAAAGAGGCCAGACUUCAAGAAAAUUGAGGGCACACUAGCCAAGAUAUUUGGCCUUUUUCAUGACCAAAAAAAUGAAUCGUACAUGGACACCUUGAUUCGGCGCCUCCAGCUUUACUCUCGAAACCUGGAACACCUAGUGGAGGAAAGGACCCAGCUGUACAAGGCAGAGAGGGACAGAGCGGACAGACUUAACUUUAUGCUGCUCCCACGGCUGGUGGUGAAGUCGCUGAAGGAGAAAGGCGUGGUGGAGCCAGAGCUGUACGAAGAAGUCACCAUCUACUUCAGUGACAUCGUUGGCUUCACAACCAUCUGCAAGUACAGCACCCCCAUGGAGGUGGUGGACAUGCUGAAUGACAUCUACAAGAGCUUUGACCAGAUUGUGGAUCACCAUGAUGUCUACAAGGUAGAAACCAUCGGUGAUGCCUACGUGGUGGCCAGCGGCUUGCCCAUGAGAAACGGCAACCGACACGCGGUAGACAUUUCCAAGAUGGCCUUGGACAUCCUCAGCUUCAUAGGGACGUUUGAGCUCGAGCAUCUCCCUGGCCUCCCAGUAUGGAUCCGCAUUGGGGUUCACUCUGGCCCCUGUGCUGCGGGAGUUGUGGGGAUCAAGAUGCCCCGUUAUUGCCUGUUUGGAGAUACUGUCAACACCGCCUCUCGGAUGGAAUCCACCGGCCUCCCCUUGAGGAUUCAUAUGAGCAGCUCCACCAUAGCCAUCCUGAAGAGGACGGAUUGCCAGUUCCUGUAUGAAGUGAGAGGAGAAACAUACUUAAAGGGAAGAGGGACAGAGACCACGUACUGGCUGACCGGGAUGAAGGACCAAGAGUACAACCUGCCAACCCCGCCGACCGUGGAGAACCAACAGCGGCUGCAAGCAGAGUUCUCAGACAUGAUCGUCAGUGCCUUACAGAAAAGACAGGCCUCAGGCGUGAAGAGCCGGAGGCCCACACGGGUGGCCAGCUACAAGAAAGGCGCUCUGGAGUACCUGCAGCUCAACAACUCCGACCACGAGAGCACCUACUUCUAGACCUAGGUGAGGCCUAAGCGCCGACAGCCACAUCCUCUGACGUCCUGAGUCUGCACUCUCCAGAGACCUCAACAACACAGAGGAGCACUCAGCCUCAGGGCCCUGCCUGGGACCAAGAAUCCCUCCACAAGUGAUGUGGGCGUUCGGGUUUUGUUUUGUUUUGUUUUUUGAGACCGUCUCUUGCAUCCCAAACUGGCCUCAAACUCAUCAUGUAGCAGUGGAUGGCUUUGGACUUCUAAGGUCUGCAUGUGUGUUCUCGGCAGUGUGAUGACGCUGAACCCUGGAGCCGAGUCCCACAGUUGUUGCAUGAAGCGUCAGUCCGGAAAAGGGGGAGGGAGGAAUGUUUUAUUCUUAUUUCAUUUCUGCUUUUGUUCUGUUUGAUGGCUCUCCUCAUCUGUACACAUAAGACAAUUUUUUUUAAUUAUCUCAAUUGUAUGUGAAGUAGCUUUUCUCCAUGAAACUGUGUUUGACUCAUGAUUUUUGCAGAAACCAUGCUAGAUAUUAGUUAAAAAAAAAUAAAAAUAAAAGUUUUUAGA